AAAUAAUCCAAAUUUAUAAAAAAAAAAAGGUGAGGAGAGGAGAAAAAAAAAUCGAUAAUUCCAUAGAGUGAGGAGGAGAAGCCGAAGAGAGUUAACUUUAUUGACCAAAGCGAAGACGUAGAGAGAGCAAAACAAGACUUUGAAAACUCCGAAAAUUGCCGAAUUUGAUUUUUCUUCAUCUUCUUUUUUUCCCCUUUUAAUAUAAAAAUUAUUAAUAUUAUUUUAUUGUUAAUGCAUUACACGUAUUACCUACCCUUUCCUUUUCUUCUUCCCUAUACUAGUUUUGUAGCUCUAUCUGUCUUGAGGAAUAUCAUAUGAAAUUACUUUGUUCGGUAAAAAGUGGACAGUUUCCAGAUCAGUUUCUCUUAACAAUUUAAGGCUGGGAUUUGGGAAUUUGAUGAGAUCCAUAAAGUGUCAAGAACCAAAGACUAAAUUCUUUGGUCUUGGGAGCUUCAGUGAUUGUGUUAAUUAAGGCUGAACAGGUUACAGGAAGAUCCUAGUAAAAGAUCCUUGUGUUGGGUUUGUUUUGUAAGUUAGAACAAGGAUGUCUGCAGCUCAAGAUCAACUGGAGAUUAAGUUUAGAUUGAUUGAUGGAACAGAUAUUGGGCCCAAGAGUUUUUCUGCGGCUACAAGCGUAGCAACCUUAAAGGAGAACAUCCUUGCUCAGUGGCCCAGAGAGAAGGAUAAUGGUCCGCGGACAGUAAAAGAUGUCAAGUUAAUCAGCGCUGGGAGAAUAUUGGAAAACAACAGAACAGUGGCUGAAUGCAGAAGCCCACUAUGUGAUAUUCCAGGAGGAGUCACGACCAUGCAUGUGGUUGUUCAACCACCAGCUCAGGAGAAAGAGAAAAAAGCAUCAGAUGACAUGAAGCAGAAUAAGUGCCUCUGCGUUAUACUAUGAUAUUCAGUUCCAACAGGGGGAUGGCUAUAUGCAAGAUAAACACUGGUGGUUGUUAACAAUACUGAAGUUGAUGAAGUAGUCACAAACAUGAGUUGUUGGCAUUCCUUGUAUUCUCAAGAUCGUGUAUGGUCUGGUCUCAUUUUCUUUUGUAUUUGCUGCUUUUCUUUUUUAGUGCUUGGUGGAUUCAAAGUCCAUUCUGCAUUGAUUGAAAAUUUGUGUUGCUGUCAAGUAUACCAUUUCUUUUCUGUAGGACUCUGUUGUCUGUACAAAAUACGAAUGAACUCGUUGGCUCAAUUCAUAAUUUAAUCUUGAAUAUCUUCUUAUGGUGAUCAA